AUGGCGGAACGUGAGGACAUUGUAGACGUCCACAACGACGAGACGUGGGACGAUUGGGUGGAUGACGGAUCGUCUAUGACCUUUGACUGUGUGUUUUGUGCAAGUAAGUUCUCGACCGAAACGCCGCUGCAUGUGCACCUCCAGGAGACGCACAAGUUUUCACUGCACCAAGAAAUUUCGAUUCGCAAGUUGGAUACGUAUGGUAUAAUUCAACUUGUCAACUUUCUGCGAUGGAAUACACUGGAUGGAGUUACAACUGAGCAGAUAAAGCAGACGCUAGAAACAGAAGGAAAUGCUGCCUUUCUAAAGGACGAGUUCCUCAAGCCUGUGGUGGUGGACGACCCGCUGCUUUACUGUCUCGACUGUGCGGACAGUGGCAGUAGCGAUGAGGAUGCGGACAAUACUGAUGAGGAGCACAAGAUGGAGACGAAGGCGGUUUCCGUCACUGCAGAUGACGCUAGUGAUCUAGUCGAAAAGUUGCGACAGGAGAAUGAGGAGCUCAAGCAGCAGAUGACCAAGUACUCGAAACUUAUCCGUGACUUUGUGGUUGAUGGUGAAAAUCCAGCUCCGAUUGAGGACGCUGCGGACAAUGACACGUACUACUUCGACUCGUAUUCGCAGGUGGGUAUCCAUCGUGAGAUGAUCACGGACAGGGUCCGUACUAAUGGCUACCGGAAUGCCAUACUUAACAACCCAGAGGUGUUUAAGGGAAAGGUGGUGCUGGACGUUGGCUGUGGCACAGGCAUUUUGAGCAUUUUUGCGGCUCAGGCUGGCGCUGCAAAGGUGAUUGGCAUCGACCGCAGUGAAAUGGGAGACGUGGCUCGCGAAAUUGUAGCAGCAAACGGGUUCAGCGACUUCAUCACCAUUCUACGCGGCAAGGUGGAAGACAUGGACCUGCCUGUCGACAAGGUGGACAUUAUCGUCUCGGAGUGGAUGGGCUACUGUCUACUGUACGAAUCCAUGCUGGGCACAGUACUGUUCGCGCGUGACAAGUGGCUUGCCCCGGGCGGCCACGUAUUCCCUGAUAAGUGCUCGAUGUUCAUCCAGGGUAUGGAAGACUCGACACAGCGCUUUGCCUUCUGGGACAAUGUGUACGGCUUGAAUAUGCAGCCCAUAAAGUCCAAGAUUUCAAUCCGCGACGCGUUUGUAGAAGAUGUUCAGCCGAACGACAUUAUCACGAGUCGCGAGCUGCUGCAGAAGAUCGACAUCGAUCACGUCACGUACGACGAGCUAGACUUCCACUCGACCUUCUCGCUGUCCGUCACGAGGGACGCGACUAUGCACGGGUUUGUGUCCAGCUUCGACAUUGGAUUCGAGCGCGAUUGCCCGCGCCCCGAAUAUUUUACCACGGGAGCCGAGGGCACCCCGACGCACUGGCACCAGGUGUUUUUCCAUGUCCAAACACCAUUUACUGUCAAGAAGGGAGACGUUAUUGAUGGGAAGUGGUGGGUGCGUGGGAAUGCUGAGAACCCACGCUUCCUCGACGUCGAGAUUCAGUGGAAGGAGACAAACGAGGGCGAGUUGCUUACCCAGCGGUACCGCAUUCACUAA